AAACGAGGAAGCUUUGGGUGUGCGGGUAGCUUUUGCAGCUUGCGGUCUUGCCACCUCCACUCAACAUUGAAAUCAGCAAACAUCCGGCAGCAGGUUCACUGUGUCGCCGUUUCAAUCGCUACUCUCUGAGCAAACCAACCAACGAACAAAAAUAUCAGGACUUUUUUUUCUCAAUUUUUUUAAACACACCAUUAGUUUUGUCUGGCGCAAACUUGCGGUGCCACUUUCAAGUUCAAACUCGGGUAGUCGCUCGGAGGGAGCAUGGCUGACGGUGCGGCGGCGAACAGCGACGGCGAGGACGGACCGAGGCAGCCCAUGAGGGGCUUCGCUCGCCAAGGAGCCCUGCGUCAGAAAAACGUCCACGAAGUGAAGGACCACAAAUUCAUCGCGCGCUUCUUCAAGCAGCCCACCUUCUGCAGCCACUGCACCGACUUCAUCUGGGGUUUUGGCAAGCAAGGAUUCCAAUGUCAAGUUUGCUGUUUCGUGGUGCACAAACGUUGCCAUGAGUUUGUCACGUUCUCCUGCCCAGGAGCGGAUAAAGGUCCAGCAUCAGAUGAUCCGAGGGCGAAGCACAAGUUUAAGAUCCACACCUACUCCAGUCCGACUUUCUGUGACCACUGUGGCUCUCUCCUGUAUGGCCUCAUUCACCAGGGCAUGAGAUGUGACCACUGUAUGAUGAACAUCCAUAAGCGCUGUGUGGCCAACGUGCCGAGUCUGUGUGGAACGGACCAUACCGAGAGGAGAGGGCGUAUUUACAUCAGCGCUGAGAUCAAGACCAACGUGCUCACCGUUACCAUCAAAGAGGCCAGGAAUCUUGUCCCGAUGGAUCCCAACGGUCUGUCAGACCCGUACGUGAAGCUUAAACUGAUCCCGGAUCCUCGCAGCGAAAGUAAACAGAAGACCAAGACCAUUAAGUGCUGCCUCAACCCCGUCUGGAAUGAAACCUUUAAAUUCCACCUGAAGGAGUGCGAUAAGGACCGCCGUCUUUCCGUGGAGGCGUGGGAUUGGGACCUGACCAGCCGCAAUGACUUCAUGGGAUCUCUGUCCUUCGGCAUCUCGGAGCUGCAAAAACAGGGAGUGGAUGGAUGGUUCAAGAUGCUCUCCCAGGAAGAAGGCGAGUACUUCAAUGUUCCAGUUCCGCCGGAGGGGGAGGAGGGCAAUGAGGAGCUACGGCAGAAAUUUGAGAGGGCUAAAAUUGGUCCGGGCAAGAACACCGAAGGCAAAUCUGCCAACGCCGCCCGCUUCGACUCCAAUGGCAACCAAGAUCGCAUGAAGCUGUCUGACUUUGAAUUCCUGAUGGUGCUGGGAAAGGGCAGUUUUGGCAAGGUGAUGCUAGCAGAGCACAAAGGCACCGAAGAUCUGUACGCAAUCAAGAUCCUGAAGAAGGAUGUGGUGAUCCAGGAUGACGACGUGGAGUGCACCAUGGUGGAGAAGAGAGUGUUGGCGCUGUCGGGAAAGCCGCCCUUCUUAACGCAGUUGCACUCCACUUUCCAAACCAUGGACCGCUUGUACUUUGUCAUGGAGUUCAUCAACGGCGGAGAUCUCAUGUAUCAGAUUCAGCAGGUCGGCAAGUUCAAAGAGCCUCAUGCUGUAUUCUACGCCGCAGAGAUCGCCAUCGGAUUGUUCUUCCUGCACCAAAAGGGCAUCAUCUACAGAGACCUCAAGCUGGACAACGUGAUGCUGGACAGCGAGGGCCACAUCAAAAUAGCCGACUUUGGCAUGUGCAAAGAAAAUAUGAACGAUGGAGUCACCACCAAGACCUUCUGCGGAACACCUGACUACAUCGCACCAGAGAUCAUAGCUUACCAGCCCUAUGGGAAAUCCGUCGACUGGUGGGCCUUUGGAGUUCUGCUUUAUGAAAUGCUGGCGGGACAGCCUCCUUUCGACGGUGAGGACGAAGAUGAGUUAUUUCAGUCCAUCAUGGAGCACCAUGUCUCCUAUCCCAAGUCAAUGUCCAAGGAGGCUGUGGCUAUCUGUAAAGGGUUGAUGACCAAGCAUCCAGCCAAGCGGCUAGGCUGCGCUCCAGAGGGGGAGCGAGACAUCAGGGACCACAGCUUCUUCCGCUACAUGGACUGGGAGAAAUUGGAGAACAAGGAGGUGCAGCCGCCUUUCAAACCCAAAGCUUGUGGACGGGACGCUGAGAACUUUGACCGUUUUUUCACGCGCCACCCGCCAGUGCUGACCCCUCCCGACGAGGAAGUGAUUCAGAACCUGGACCAAGACGAGUUCCAAGGAUUCUCUUUUAUCAACCCGGGUUUCCCUGGAAGCGCUCCUACUGCCCCUGCCGCCGAGCAGGCUUGAUUGAAGCUCAUUUAUGGACAUUGGGACACACACACACUCACGCACACACACACACACACACACACACACACACACACACACACACACACACACACUUGAUUCAGGAUAUUAUUGCAAAGCAUUCCCUCCAUGCAACGAGUCGACAACUGACAAAAACAUUCAUGAUGUCAUCGAUUAAUCGACAUCGACUAUCGUCACCUUGCCAAAAAUCUGGUUGUUUAACCACUGUUGGCACAAAACAGUAUCUCCAUGACUUGAAAGUUGUUUGGGCUAUGUUGCUCACAUAACACAUGUAUUGCUUCAUUCGUGAAUCUGUAUUUCUGAACGAAAACUCCGUUGGUGUUCUUUCCAAGUCAUGCAAAACAGCCGACGUCUACUAGUAUUGCUAUUGCUUUACUGCUUGUAGUAUGCCCUGCUCAAUCCCUCGAGCGAAUACCGUAUCGUGAAAGGAUGGCCAAAAACAAAGAGAAAGGGUCGGUUGUGUGAACAAAUUUUGUGUCCGAUAAAUUUUAAAAAAGUGACAUACACAUCAAGAACACACACACAAAUACAUGGGUUCAAAAAAAAAAAAAACAUAAAACAGCAUUCAGAGUAUUUCAUAUGUUCAUUUUCACCCCCCACUUCCCUCCCCAUCUCCUUCCUUGACUCUUCUGGUACACGCUGAGUUUGGCCUGCAAUUCUGAUGCGUUUCUUCAAGUGUCGAUAUUAAUCUCAGUGUCUGUAUGUUUAUUCUUAUCUAGAAUUGGAAUGCUUGACCUUCUCAUGCAUGAGUUUCGAUAUCAGUACUAUAUCACAAAGUUGGACUUGAUACUGUAUUUUACCUUCAUGCCCACAGAGACAGUGGAGGAUGUUUGGGCAUCAUGAUGGUCAAAUAUGGUUUGAAUGGUGUCUUUGAUAGACAAAGCUCCUCUCCGGGGACUAGCGGCUCCUUUCUUUGUGUUUGACAAAAGCAUGGCUCCAACACUUGUUUACAUAAUAUAUGCUGUAUGAGUGCGGAUGGAUGAAAAUGCACUUUUGCAUGCCUGACCUCCCAAGCGCCACGCCUGGCUGUUUUUUUUCACCGCCUGUGCUUGUGUUUGUUUGGACGGCCAUAGGGUCCAUCUUGCUUCCUAUGGAUGAAGCGCUAUCUGACUUGUUGCUCUACAGUUGGCGGGCGAGGAAUGAAAAGAAAGCAGUUUGACCGAAUGUUUGCACGUCGUUUUGCUGAGAUGGAAGCACCAAAUAGGGUUUGAUGUGUUGUGACAAUUUGCCCAGUUGCCUGGCGACUCAACUUAAUGUCAUGAAAAAAAAAAGUGAUGUUUUUAAUGCAACAUUUGCAUGUGCAAUGAAGGUGCCCGUUCAAACUGCAGCAGCACAGAAUGUAACAACAGGUCACACAAGCAGAAUAAUGUUUGUCUUUUGGGUGUUGUUCAACUGAGCAAUAAUUUUGUGGUGACAGGGUCACGUUUGUCAAUCGACGACCACCUUUGCUGGAAGUGAUACGCAUUGGUUGCCUUUUGUUCUUUUUAACACGUAUUGGUUGUCUUUUGCUCUUUUUAACCCCCGACCAACUCAUUCUUAUGAAAUUAUUUCAUCUCAUAUCGCCCGGUGCUAAACUGUCCAUAUCUGUGCCUGAUUAUUCAAUAAUAUAAUGAAUUAUUCACAAGGGUUUUCUUUAACGGACUUUCCCUCCGACUGGCCUUUGAACAAUUAAGCAUGUUGCGUAAUUAUGCUUAAAAAUAUAAUCCAUAAAUUUUAUUGAUGGCUCCUGUCUAUAAAAGUAGAUUAUAUGAUAACAGUUGAGAACCACUGCUCCAGCAUGAUCCUUGACACUUGCGUACAAUAUUAGAGGAAAAUAUUAAUAUCUCUCAAAAAUAUUCAAAUGGCACCUACUGGUCAGUCAUCUCUUUAAUACGACUUUCUUAGUGCUUUGUCAUUUUGGAAAAAAAUUAUGAUAGAGUUCAACUAAAGUACUGGACACAUCCAAGUGGACUGCGCAAUUGCUAAUCGUGUUGUGGCUCGUCGGUUUAAAGUACCAAAAUAUUCAGUGAUCAUGUGGACUGAUUUUCUUUCAUUAUUAAAAUCCUCAAAUAUAUUGAGUUGCUACUAUCACCUUCCCUGCCCAUUAAUAUGAACGUGUAAAUAAUUGUGUGAUCCCUCGAUGCGGCUAAAAAGCACCACAAUGCACCUCCAUUGUUGUUUAUUUAUUGUCGAAAGUCCUUCGCUGUAUUAAAACGGAGAGCAAGCAGUGUCAGAGUUAACAAAUGCAUAGAAAUGUGCGCUCUACGUCGUAAAGGUGUGUUUGUAUUACACAAAAAAAUAUGUAUAUAUAUAUAUUCCUGCAUGAAAAAAAAGAUGUUUAAUCAUUGAGCGUUUACAGUAUUUCCAUGUAACCCCUUAGGAGGCUUCGUGUUUUUGUGCUUCAAAUGUUGAAUGAACCAAGCUCUUUGGUGUGCAAACGAUGUGGGAAGAAAAGGCUUUUUACAAUGUUGUCCGUGUGCCAAAUUUCUAUGAUUUUACAACACAAGGCUUGCAAUAAAAAA